AUAUUGCUUUUUAUUACUUUAAUUUAAUAUAAUUAUGGACUUAUUACAUUUAAGAUCUUUUAAUUUUAAGUAUUUUUUAUAUGAAUUUUAGGUAAUUUCAAAUAUUCGAUAAAUGGCGCUUCGAAGCGAUAUCGAUUAAUAAGUCGAAACAUUUAAAAUCACACUUCGAUUAUCGAACCGUUAUAAAGCAAUCGUUCAAAAUGGAAGCGGCGUUUGUUCUUCCGUUUUUAUCUACAAAUUGUUAUUUUUGAUAAAUUAAGUGUCUCUUGUUGUUAUCAGAGUGUAUUUCAUAGCUAUUUUUACUAAGAAUCACUGUUAAUAUAAAAAUUGUUCAUAAUGUGGCUUAUAGUGUUAAUAUUUUAUACUUUAAAGAUAUUGUGUAUUUUUAUAUUCAUUGUGUACUGCGUUAUCACCUUCCUCAUGGUUAUGUACAACAAUGAAGUAGAGGAGUUGAGAAAAUGUAUUGCAAUCCCAAAUGCAAAUCCGGAAGCAGAAUUUCCAAUUGAAAAUCGCGAUAGCGUGGACGAUAAAUUGGAAGUGCUAACAGAAAAGCUGGCGGAGAAGGAGCACGUACUACAACGUUCACAUUGCGCAGUAAACCAUGCGGAGAUGGUAUUAAAUGAUUUGGAAAAUAAAACAUCAACUUGUCGAGAUCGGUAUCGUAUAUUGAUGAUCGAUCUGAAGGAAGACAUUCGAAAAACCGAGGAUGAGGUAAAAACAUUGCAAGAUCAAAUUUCGAAUUUAUCGAUUAGGCGGGAAGCACUUAGAGGCGAAGUAAUAAAGCAACAAGAAAAUUAUCAAAAAAUGUUGAGUAAUUUUACCAAAGAAAUAAAAAAUACCAAGACAUUAUUUUCUUCAGGAAUGAAGAAAUCAAGGCAAACUCGAUAUUGUUUUUCAUACUAAACAGAAAAUUGGAACGAGCUAUUGAGAGAAGGUAGCACCGAGUCAAUUAAGGAUACAUUUAAUAUUUUCGAUCGAAUGAUGCAUGCGAAGAUCGCAGUCGUUGCAGCGAACAUAGAGGGGAGCAUUUUUCGAUGGGAGAAAAUGCUAUCAA